AUGUCCAGAGCUAUCUCCGAGAAGCAGGAAAACAUUCUGGCAAACGCGCCAUCAUCCUACGAUGGCGUCAAGGCGGUGACGAGUGUCGUCGUCAGCGGCAACACGACACCGACUGACAAUCCCGUCAUGGACAUUGACCCUCUGGCCGAACGACGGCUACGGCGCAAAAUCGACCUGUUUAUCGUUCCGAUUGUGGCCCUGCUCUACCUUUUCUGCUUCUUGGACCGAGCCAAUAUCGGAAAUGCCCGUCUGGCCGGGCUAGAGAAGGACCUCCACAUGCGCGGCAACGACUACAACGCGGUCACAUCUGUCUUCUACGUUUCGUAUGUGCUAUUUGGUCUUCCCUCGAUGGUGGCCUGUAAGUGGAUCGGCCCGGGAUGGUAUCUGCCUACCAUCACGCUCUGCUUCGGACUCGUCUCGCUGAGCACGGCCUUUGUACAGAACCGGGCGCAGGCCUUUGCUGUUCGCUUUCUUCUGGGGCUGUGCGAGUCCGGCUUGAUGCCAGGCAUCGCCUACUACCUCACGCGCUGGUACCGGCGCCGCGAGUUGGCCUUUCGCCUGGCACUGUAUGUUGUCAUGGCGCCAUUGUCAGGCGCCUUUGGCGGGCUUCUGGCCUCGGCCAUCCUGCAUCUGCGACCCGUCGGCAGCUUGAACGCACCAUGGCGCCUCCUAUUUGCCUUCGAGGGCAGCCUCACCGUCGGCGUCGGGCUUGUGGCCCUUGCUACCCUGACAGACCGUCCGGCUACCGCCCGCUGGCUGACGCCUGCGCAACGUCGACUUGCCGCGGCUCGCAUUCACGUUGACAAGCUCGACCAACUCGACCGUCUCAACAGGACCCUGUUAUGGCGUGGCAUCAGCUGUCCAGUCACCGUCACGACAGCAGCCAUCCUCUUCUGCAGCAACAUCACCGUCAGCGGUCUCGGCUUCUUCUUGCCCACCAUCAUCCGAACCAUCUUCCCGGAGAAGCCGACGACAAUGCAACAGCUCUACACGGUGCCUCCCUAUGCCGUCGGAGCCCUAGCCACCAUUCUCAUCUCUCUCUGGAGCGACCGCAUCGACCGGCGGCAGGUGUUUAUGCUCGCUUCUGCUGUCCCUGUCAUAGCCGGUUACAUCAUCUUUCUCGGCACAUCUCCUGACGAUGCUAGCGCCCGAUAUGUUGCCACAUUUCUGAUAUCAGGCGCUGCGUUUGUGAUGGGAACCUUGACCAAUGCCCAAAUCAGCGCCAACGUCAUAUCGGAUACCGCCCGCAGCAGCGCUUUGGCCACAAACGUCGUCCUUGGUGGCCUCGGUGGCAUCGUCUCGACGUGGAGUUUUCUCGAAUCGGAUGCCCCGAUGUAUCGUAUCGGAAACUCAAUAAAUCUGGCCGCCUCGAUCGGGAUCCUUGUCCUCAGCGCUCUCGUCCUCCUCUUUAUGAAUACCAGCAAUAGGCAACGCGAUUCACGAAAUGCCGCAAAGCUUACCGCACUUGAAGGUCUGAGCGAGCAAGAGCUGCAAGCCCUUGACUGGAAGCACCCGUCAUUCCGCUGGCGAUCCUAA